AAAUAACAUAUAUGUGUGUGUGCGUGUCAGCUUUUAUUCUUGGUCCAAAGAACUUCCAACACUAGUUUAUAUAUAAGAAAUGCAUCCGAUGCAGAAUCAACAACACUACUCUCCAACUCCACAACCCAAAAUCCCAAAGAAAAGAAGAAGAAAAAGCUCUAUGAAUACUUCUUGUAUCCCAGUGAUUGACAUUAAAGACUUUCCAGGACAAUCUGAAAAACUGAUAGCAGCAUGUGAGGAGUGGGGAUGUUUCAGAAUUAUCAACCACAAAAUUCCAUUGUCGUUGAUGUCAGAAAUGAAGGCAGUGGGUGAAUCUCUUCUGAGCCUCCCUAUGGAAAUCAAACGAAAGACUUUUGAUGGUGUUGUUGGCAAAGGUUACAUACCACCUUCGGAAAUCAACCCUCUUUAUGAGAGCUUGGGUGUAUAUGACAUCGCUUUAGCUGAGGUUUUCCACUCUUUUUGUGAUCGUCUAAAUGUCUCUACUCACCAAAGGGAGACAAUACUGAGAUACUUCAAGGCAGUAGAGGAGUUGGCCAGGUAUAUCGGUGGCAAGUUGGUUGAAGCAUUGGGGUUGGACAUCCCUGAGUUUAUGCAAGGAUGGCCCUGCCAAUUUCGACUUCUCAAAUAUCAUUUUACUCCUGAGAGUGUAGGAUCCAAUGGUGCCAGGAUGCACUCAGACUUGUCAUAUCUUACUAUACUCCAGGAUGAUGAAAGUGUUGGUGGUCUAGAACUCGUAGACAAGCAGUCUGGUGAAAUAAUAGAUGUUGAACCCUCCCCGCCAGGUACCCUUCUUGUCGUUCUUGGAGAUAUUGCUAAGGUAUGAAACUUGUUUUUCCUUGGAUACAUAUUACAAUAAUUCGUCCUUGUCUUCCUUAUGAAAAAGUACUUCUUAUAUAUCAAAGGCCUGGAGCAAUGGAAGGUUUUAUAAUGUGAAGCACCGAGUACAAAACAAGGAAGGGAAACCACGUGUAUCAGUCGUUGCGUUCUUCUUAGGACCAAAGGAGGCGAAAGUGGAAGCACCAUUAGAAUUAGUGGGAUCUGACCUCCCUCGUGCCUAUGUUCCUUUUGAUGUUGAAGAAUAUAGAAUGGUUCGGCUCUCCACAAGGUCAUCGACUGGGGAAGCUCUUGAGCACUUCCGCACCACCAGCUCUAUCAAAAUAUAGCAGUACAAACCCUUGGAGGGGCAUAGAGACAACAUGGAUAUGCUAAUAUAAUUUCAAUCAGACCAGUCUUCUUCUGUGUGUAUGAGUGCGCCUGCAAACACCUAUGUGUGGUUUUUUAACCUUUUCUAUCACUUAGGGUGGGGGGUGUUUGGGUUUCGUUGUCUUGAAUAAAGAAACACUUGGAUGAUCGAAUCAUAAAACAAGUCCCUUGCUUUGUAGUGUGCUUGAGUACUCUAAAUUCUUGUUUUAUCAAUGACAAUUGACAUUGAAUUUCAUAAAAUUAACAUUCAAUUUCAUGAAUUUUACAUUUGAUUUCAUGAUAUUAACACUAUUUUAAUCAAUUUAAUACUGAA